CAUUUAUAUAUUAUGUAUAUUGUGUACGAGAUUGUAUAAAAAUAUUAGUAUAAUACUUUCGUACGUCCGAUCGUUGCGUCGAGUAAAACGUUUAUUAUUUUUUUUAUUUGUCGAUAUCACCUUCCCGUACUCUCGUCUCCACUCUCGCGGUCUCCGAUGCCGUCUAGGCCGUUCCGAUACCGCCGCGACCCAUAACACGCACAAGUCAGAACACGCGCGACGACUCUGCAGCCGCCGUCGACGAUCUGCGCCGCGUUUCCUCUUCGUACCAAGUCGUCAUCGUCCCGUUAUCUUUGUUAUUGUUUUUUUUUUUUUACGUUCGUUUUUUGCUAUUUUUUACUCACUCCCGCAGCUCGCUCUGUUCGCCACACCACCACGACCACGGCACUAUUGAAGUCUGCCGUACGAGGACACACGAUCGCACUUGCGAUUCACGAGUUACAUAUUACACACAUAAUAUUAUUAUCGUUGUUAUAUACGUGCAAUAGUAAUUAUAGUGUUAUUUAUUUUAUAAAAAACAUACUAGGUAUUAUCGUUUACUGUUGUUGUUAUUACUAUUAUUACGCAUAAGCAACAACUUUCGGACCACCGCCGCCGCGUCGUUUGAUUUCGUAGGACGAAUAAAAAAAAAAACAUAUACCUAAUAUCCGAUAGAACGCAACGCACAAACGUCGUACGCGCACGCACACGGUCGUCCAAUAAUAAUUAUACAUAGUGUUGCUGCGGUGUAUCGUCGUUGUCAUUCCGUGUGGCCUGCUUGUCGAUUCGUUUAACUUAACAACAAAGAUCGUAAUAAUAAAGAAAAUAAUGCGCAGUGUGCUUGCCAUAGUCAUUUGAAGAAGAACACCGCCGCCACGGCUUCGUAAUGAUGCGCCUUUUGUGAAAGAUAAAUUUUUGAAUUUUCAUUUUUUCCUAAACCCAUACCAUACCGAUAUAAAAUUUACGACGACAAUAUACUGCAAACGCACSRAUCGCCGUGACGACACAUCAUUUAUGGCUAUCAAUCAGAUACUGUCGUCGAGCGCCCACMGAGCUCUAGCACACGAGUACAAGAGUCUUCAGGAUGAACCCGUCGAGGGAUUCAGAGUGAAGCUGAUCGAGGACAAUCUACGAGAAUGGGAAGUGGCCAUAUUCGGACCACCSGAAACCCUUUACCAAGGAGGGUAUUUCAAGGCCCAUAUGAAGUUUCCUGCAGACUAUCCAUAUUCGCCACCAACUAUAAGAUUUCUGACAAAAGUUUGGCAYCCUAAUGUGUAUGAGAAUGGUGAUUUAUGUAUUUCAAUUCUUCAUCCACCAAUAGAUGAUCCUCAGUCAGGAGAGUUACCAUGUGAAAGAUGGAAUCCUACCCAAAGUGUCAGGACAGUAUUACUAUCUGUUAUUUCUUUACUAAAUGAACCAAAUACAUUCAGUCCUGCUAAUGUAGAUGCUUCCAUAAUGUACAGACGGUGGAAAGAUUCUAAAGGAAAAGAUAAAGAAUAUGAAAAUAUAAUUAAAAAACAAGUUGUAAGCGGCCGAUUAGAGGCUGAUAGAGAUGGUGUUGUGGUUCCACUUACGCUAGAAGAUUAUUGUAAAGUGAGUCAUGUUUCUCGUUCUUCAGCUGCUGCUGCUGCUAUGGAUAGUGAUUUUUAUGUAGAAGACUAUGACUUAGAUGUUGAGUCUGAUGCAAACUCUGAAGAAGAGUAUCAGGAUGAUGCUACUGAUAGUGGCAAUGGUGAAUCGUGAAACCAAUCAACUAUUAGGCGUUUACAAAACAUUUAUCAUUGUUCGACAAAAUAAUUUAAGCCAUUGAUUUAUGUUCWGUUUCUGGGUCAAUGGUCUCUUUGCAUGUGAUCUUAAACAUUAAGACAACAAUAUGUGACAUUGUUCUGUUAUCCUACAGUCACUUAUACACGGUAGGCUUUCAUUUAUCUCUGUAUACAUAAAUACUUUCAUAUACAUACAUAAGUAUAUAUUUAUAUACAUAUUAUUUUUGUGUUUUCUCCAAAUUUUAAGUAAACUAUAUAAUUUUUUUAAUUAUUUACCACUAAAAAAAAUGAAUAAUAUAAUAUCUAUUGACUUAGUUUAUAACUUCUCGAUCAUCCCAUCAUGUAUAAACUUAAUCCUUCUUAAAAUGUUUUAUUACUUUAAUUAUUUCUGAUUUUUUAUUCCUUGUAGGCAGCUUAUAUGACUGAGAAUGUUGUUUAUCAAAUUGAAAUAAUUGUGGUAUUGCUACACUCUUGUAGAUAGUAAAUUGAAUUUAAUGUUUAUUGUUGUUUUCAAUACUUAUGUCUUAUAUAUGUGAUAAAAAAAUAAAAAAUGAGUUCAUAACGUGAGAUAAAUCUUUCAUAAUAAAUUCAUUAUUUUUUUUUUUUUUUUUUUUGGUCUAUUUUAGUACUCUAAAAUUUUUGUUAAGAAUUAUAAAACAAAAAAUAGUAUACCUACCAAUGUAUAUGAUAAAAAUUUUAAUGAUGUCUUUAAUUUGUUCACUAUUGAUCUACAUACUUUCGUAUUUGUUAUUAGGGUAUUAUAUUUAUAAAAACACGGCUAAGAAUCAUUGCACAUUUUUUUUAAUCAGUCAAACUAUUUUAUGUUACAUCUUAUUAAUGUGUAAAAUGUAUUAAGACUAUAUGUUUUUACGUGUUUUGGUGCAAAUAUCUACUUAAAAAUUAAACAAAUAUGAAUUGUGUAAGUUCACAUAGCUAAUUAAGAAAUUAAUUUUAAAAUUGUAUUCUAUUAGACUUUAUUAUUUAGUCGGUGGUUUUAUUUAUGUUGUGUAAUUAACAACAAUGUUUCUUGUGUAAUUUGGUCUAAUGCAAUACACAUUAAAUUUCACAAUAUGUAUCAUAAUAAAAAUAAAACCUGUGAAUGCUGUAUUUGAUAUACAGACUUUAAAAAAAAAAAAUAACUUAAAUCAAUCCUAAUUGUUUUUUAUAACUGUUGGAUGAUUAUAAUUUUUUUUCAUAAUUAUGAAGUUAUUUUUUUAAAUUAAAAAAUAUUAUUCAAAAGAUAUUUUGUGAGUUCAAAAUAGGCAAUGACAUAACAAUAUUAUCGUUUUUAAUAGCUAAUAUUAUGUAUUGAUAGAAUCCAUGUGUAAAAUAUAGACCUUCAAAGGACCCAUAAUCUACUACAAUGGUUAUUCAAAUACAUUUAACAUAUAUACACAUGUAAACAUGUAAACAUUUAAAUAUUUUUUAUGUUUGGUUAUAAAUUAUUUGUAUGAUUGUCAUUAUUAAAGCUGUGUACGGAUAAAUCUUAUAACAUUAUUUGUAAGUAGAAAAUUAUUCUACUUUUUUGUACGUAAGAUAAACGCCAAUGUUAAAAAAUUAAUGUUAACAAAAAUAAUUAAUACCAUGUAAACACGACUUCUGAAAUCUAAUGUGUGAAUGUAUUAUAUUAUAAUAUAGAAAAAUGUAUCUUUUGUAAUAAUCUUGUUUUUGUUAUUGCAUGCACAAUGCACGUCAUGCAUGAUAAUAUGUUGCCCAUUUCCCCCCAGCACUUAUAUUUAACUAAAUAUUUUAAAUUUGAAACUACGUUAUCCUAA